AUGCUGCACGCCGACGACGUAAUUAAUACUUACGGAACCGCUCGACGUCACUCGGACACAGACACAAUAGUACAACAUAUUCAUCAUAUUGAUAAGACAGAGGUACCUAGAGACAGUACUCAGUUUGAUGAAGAUUUUCCACAAGUAUUUUGUCAAUUGGAUAUUCUUCGUCGAUCAGAAGUUGACUAUGCUUAUUGGAAAGAAAAAGCUCGAUGGAUACGUUUUGAAGAAAUAGCUGAAAAUGUUCUUGGUCGUUGGUCAAAACCGCAUGUAGCAACAUUAAUGCAAACAGCUUUAUUAGAUUUAAAAGUUUUACUUCAAAAUGGCGUUAUUCUUCUUGAUAAUCCAGCUAGUGAUUUACCAACAAUUUCACAAACCAUUACUCAAUCAUUAUUGGAUUCAAACUAUUUUGGUAAUCCAAUAGAUGCACAAAAACUUGUUUGUAUUCUUGGUUUACCACAUUUUCAUCAUUAUGAAAAACGUACAGCAACAAAAACUGCUAGUUCUAUUAAUCUAUCAAAACAAGGUCUUCAACCAAGUCCAAGUUUUGUUAUGAAUACUCUUAAUCCACGAGAUGAUGAAUAUGAUAGAUCAGAACCAGGUCUUCUUACUAUACAAUCAAAUUCUCCGGCUAUGACACCUACAGAUCAAGAAGACACAACUAGUGUAACACAACCAACAUCAAAACAUUGGUUAAAAUUCAAUAAAAAUCUGCGCAAAAGUUUAAAUAAAGUUCCUGUUGAGAGAGAUGAUGAUGAUUACAAUACCAAAUUACAAAAAAAAAUCCAUAGUAAAGCAGAAGGUGCAUCAAUUCUUAUAUGUCCAGUUAAUUUUGUUGAUAAACAAGCUAUUGUUUUUUUUCGUUUACAAAAUCCAAUUGAAUUAUCUGGAAUGCUUGAAAUAAAAAUUGUUUCACGUUUUAUUGUUCUUUUAAUUGGACCUGAAGAAACUGAAAGACAAUUAUUACAAAUAGGACGAUCAAUGGCAACAAUUUUAACUGAUGAUAUUUGUCGAGAACAUGCAUAUUUAUCAAAAGAUUCAGAUGAAAUUCUGAACAUGAUGAAUCAAUUUAUGCAAGAUACAUAUGUUAUACCACCAUCUGAAUGGGAUCCAAGUAUUCGAAUCGAACCACCAACACAAUAUACGAGCAAAGAACAACGAAAAGCUAAAUCAUCACAAGAAAAUUUAGGAACAGUUGAAGAGAUUGAUAUGACUCCUCAUACAGAUCCGAACUUGGUAGCUUCAAAAAGACCAUUUCAUGGCCUUUGUAUGGAUAUUCAAAAUAAAUUACCAUUUUAUAUAUCAGAUUUUACUGAUUGUGCUAGUUUACAAUGUUUAGCAGCUACACUUUAUUUAUAUCUGGUAUGUCUUUGUUCAGUCGUUGCUUUUGGUGGUAUGCUUGGGACAGCAACAGAAAAUUACAUGGCUACAAUGGAAUGUAUUCUUGCUGGAUCUGUAAGUGGUAUUCUAUAUGCAUUAUUUAGUGGACAACCAUUAAAUAUUCUUUCUGCUACUGGUCCAAUGUUAAUACUCGAACGUAUAAUAAAAACUAUGUGCAAAGAUUAUCGUGUAAAUUAUCUUGAAUUUCGUUUAUGGAUUGGUGUAUGGAUAUUUAUUUUAUUAAUAAUAUUUGUUAUAUUUAAUUUAAGUUUUCUUGUUAAAUAUAUAACACGUUUUACUGAAGAUUGUUUUGCAUCAUUAGUUGCACUAAUAUUUAUCUAUGAUGCUAUACGUGAAAUUUUAAAAAUUCGUAAACUGUAUCCUGUUAAUUAUCGACCACAUGUUUUAUUAGAUUAUUCAUGUUCAUGUUUAUUUACUGAUAUUACUUAUAAUCAAACAACACUAAAUGAUACAACUAUAGUUGAUUAUUUAUUUCAUGGAACAAAUUUAAAUAGAACAUUACAAAUUGCUUGUACAAAAGCUGGUGGUUUUGUUAUGGGUUCAGGUUGUUCAACACCAGUUUAUCAUGCUGAUAUAUUUUUUUAUUCUGUACUUUUAUUUGUUUUUACUUUUUUAAUUUGUAUGGUUCUUACAGAAUUUCGUAAUAGUGCAUUUCUUCCAUCUAAAAUUCGAAUACUUCUUAGUGAUUUUUGUGUUUUAAUUGCUAUUAUACUUAUGUCAUCAUGGGAUGUAUAUUUACGUUUAAAUACACCUAAAUUACAUGUACCAACUGAAUUUAAACCAACACGGCCACAUGAUCGUGGAUGGUUAAUACCAUUUGUUGGUAAAAAUAAAUUAUGGACAAUACCAUUAGCAAUAAUUCCAGCUUUAAUAGCAACUAUACUUAUUUUUAUGGAUCAACAAAUAACAGCUGUGAUUAUUAAUCGAAAAGAAUAUAAAUUAAAAAAAAGUCUUGGUUAUCAUCUUGAUUUAUUUGUUUUAUCUUUUACAAUAUUAAUGCAAUCCAUACUCGGUUUACCAUGGUUUGUUGCAGCUACUGUUUUAGCUUUAACACAUGUUAAUGCAUUGAAACUUAUGAGUGAAAAUUCAGCACCUGGUGAAAAACCAAAAUUUGAAGGAAUUCUUGAACAACGUGCCAGUGCACUUUUAAUGUCUAUUUUAACUGGUUUAAGUGUAUUUUUUACUCAUAUUUUAAGCCACAUUCCAAUGCCUGUUCUUUAUGGUGUUUUUAUGUUUAUGGGUGUUGCUGCAUUACGUACUAUGCAGAUAUUUGAUCGUGUUUUAUUAUUUUUUAUGCCACCAAAACAUCAACCAGAUUAUCCUUAUUUACGACAUGUACGAAUAACACGUGUUCAUUUAUUUACUAUUAUACAAAUUCUAGCACUUGUUUGCAUGUUUGUAUUCAAAAAUAUCAAAGCAGUUGCAAUUGGUUUUCCAGUAUUGGUAUUAGGAACAUCUUUUGUACGUAAAUUAAUGGAUAAAAUUUUUACUCAAGAAGAAUUAUAUUGGCUUGAUGAUAUUUUACCCGGAACAAAAGUUAAUCAAAUUCGUCGUGCUUCGAUUCCUCGAAAUGUUCAAAUACCACAAAUUAUAGAAACUUUAGAUGAUGAUGAUAGACGGCCAUCAUCCAAUGUUUUAUUUACAUUAUCAGCAAAUGAAGCUGAUGAUGCUAAUCGUGAUACAUUAGAAAAUAAUUUACCAAAUAUAGCUGAGGAAGAAGCUGAACAUUUAAUACAUCGUGAAUUAUCAUCAGAAUCAUAUCGUGAUGGCAAAUAUAAAAAUGUUCAGACACUUGUAUAG